AUGGGGCCGCCGUCCAAGAAAUGUGCUUGGUCAAUCUGCAAGAGCUGCAACAACUGGGCGUACGACUGGAAGAUCAAGCGCAAUGGAGGCUGCUGCGCCAAGUGCGACUCGUUCGCCACUCUCUGGGCGGACACAACCUCGGCGUCGCGCAAGCCACCAUGGGGAGACCAACCUACCAAGGGCACCUACGCGGAAGUGGUGUGCAGGCAGCUGGCCCACGCCGUCUCCAAGCUUGGGCCCGACCAGAGCAUGCAGGAGCAGCUGGAGCACCUGCAGACUACCAUCUCCCAGAAGUGCGCCCCGCCCAAGAAGGAGUUACCCAAGUCUGCGGCUCUCAAGCAGGCAAUCGGCAAGGUCAACUCCGCCAAGGCUAAGCUCGAAGGCGUCACCAAGCGUCACCUGGACGCUGAGAAGGCGCUGGCCAAGCUCGCUGAGCAGGUGGCGCAGGCCGCGGCGGAGGUCUACGAGGCACAGCAGGAGCACUCGAAGGCGCUGGAAGAAUACAACAUGCACUCGGUGGCGGAGGGCACGGCGGCCAAGCCCGAGCAGUCGGGCUUUCAGGUGGACGAGAGCCUCUUCGCCGAUGAGGAGGACCUGGAGCAGACUCAGAAGGACCAGCUUGCGAAGUUCAGGGAGGACGCGAAGUCCUUGCAAGAGUUGUUGGAGCGCGCCAAGACGCAGCAGGAGGCCCUGCUCACCAUGGUCGAGAGCGCGAAGAAGAUCAAGGGCGGCAUCUCAGAGGGCGACCACCACUUCACCAUCGGUUGGUACGGCAGCUGCGGGCGGCGCUACGGGCUAUUCUUCUGGUCGGGCUGGUAUUUAGCCCACCAUGGCAGCCGCCUGCAGCGCUGGACAGCUCGCAAUCAGACAUAUGAGACAGCCAAGCCAGCGAAGGUCACCAGUAUAUUCUUCAGCAAUAUCACACAAUGGGGCGAGAAACCUCAGAAGUUCCUCAACGAGAGCCAGGAACUUGCUCCGAUAUUCGCCUUCACGGAGUCCCACGUGCCGCAGUCAGGCAUCACGAAGCUGAAGAAAGACCUGAGCAAAGACGGAUGGAAAGCAGCAGUCACGGCAGCUACCCCGACGCGGCGCUCGAAGGAGGGCAACAGCGGAGGCGAGCUGCUCAUCGCCAAGGCGCACUUGGCGACCACAACGUUCGACGUGAUGAGGGAGACCCUUAAGGCUCGAGGACGACAGGACCCAUUCAGAGGGUUCACGGCCAUGACUAUCCACCUCAGCGGAGGCAAUGUCGUUCUCUUCUCCCUCUACCUGCUUCCCAAGGAGGGCAUGCAGGGCAGCAACUUUGAAAAGAUUAAGGCGCUCUCGACGGUCAUAGGGAGCAUCGCAGAUCCUUGGAUUAUCAUGGCAGAUUGGAAUAUGCCCCCGACCCUGGUCGAGAAGUCAGGCCUCCCCACGCGCCUGGGAGGCAAGGUGAUCGUUCCGAAGAUCCAGAAGAUAUAG